GCUUCUCCCCGGUGCGCGCUCCCGAGCAGAGAUACAGGCUUCGGGGAACUCUGAGCAGACGAGCGGCAGCGGGGGAAAGAGAAAGAUGGAGGUGAGGGUCGGGGAGAGACUCCUGUGCUUGGCUGUGCUGUCCAGCCUCCUCUGCAUGGACUCAGUCCUCGGGAAAUACGUCAGAGGAAUCGUCAACACUAAAGAGGACUGGGUUUUCCUCACUCGUUUUUGCUUUCUGACUGACUUUGGCCGUUUAGAUUUCCGAUUUCGCUAUCCAAAGUCUCGCUGCUGCCAGAACAUACUGCUCUACUUUGAUGACAGUUCUCAGUGGCCAGCUGUGUACAAAAGGCCAGAAAAGAACUGCUACCAGAAGGAAGCAGUGCUGAGGCCUGAAAACAACCAGGUCAUCAAUCUCACCACACGGUACACCUGGUCAGGAUGCGUGGUGGAGGGCGAUGGCAACGAGGAGGUUCUGAGCUGCGUGGGUGGUCGCAGUUUCCGCUCAGUAAGGGAGAGAUGGUGGUACAUCGCUCUCAGCAAGUGUGGGGGCGACGGCUUGCAGCUGGAGUAUGAGAUGAAGCUGACCAAUGGCCAGUCUUUCUGGACACAGCAUUUCUCUGCAGAUGAGUUUGGAAUUCUGGAGACAGACAUCACGUUCCUGGUCAUCUUCUCCUUGGUGUUCCUCCUGUCCUGCUACUUUGCCUACAAUCUGAAGGGAAGACAGCUUCUUCACACAACCUACAAAAUGUUUAUGACGGCAGCAGGUGUGGAAGUGCUCAGCCUGUUGUUCCAUUGUGUCUACUGGGGCCUGUAUGCUAGAGAUGGAGUUGGCAAUGGCAGCCUGAAAAUACUCGGGAAAUUACUGUUCUCCGUCAGUUUCUUGGUGUUCCUUCUGAUGCUCAUAUUGUUGGGCAAAGGUUUUACAGUCACCAGGGCAAGGAUCAGUCACAGUGGAUCUGUUAAACUGAGCAUCUACAUGACAGUCUACACAAUCACCUACGUCAUCCUUUUCAUCUAUGAGGCAGAGUUCUUUGACCCAGGUGAAGUGCUUUACGCCUACGACAGUCCUGCAGGCUAUGGUCUGAUGGCCCUGCAGCUGGUCGCCUAUGUGUGGUUCUGCUAUGCUGUGCUGGUGUCCCUGAAACACUACCCUGAGAAGCAGCCCUUCUAUGUCCCUUUUUUCACCACAUACACACUAUGGUUUUUCGCAGUGCCUGUCAUGGCUCUGAUUGCCAACUUUGGAAUCCCUCGUUGGGCUCGGGAGAAGAUUGUGAACGGCAUUCAGCUCGGCAUCCACCUCUACGCUCACAUCGUCUUUCUUGUUAUUACAAGGCCUUCAGCAGCCAACAAGAACUUCCCAUAUCAUGUUCGGACGUCCCAGAUCGGGAUCCUGCUGUCCAGUCCAAAAGGAGGUGAAGGUGGAGAAAGUUUUCCCCAUCACGCAUAUGGAAAUAGCUCCUUCCUUGGAGAUUCUCAACCCAACUUUACUGAACUCUUCUCCAUCCAAUCGGAUCCGGUAAAGACGGUGGAGGAGACGGUGGCUCGUAAAGGUCCAGAUGUGCCGAGGAACAGCGAGCAAAAGAUCAUCACCACCGCAGCUGACUUGACCUCAAUAUUGCCACCACCUCCGCCUCCGAUACCCCCACGCCCAGCCUCGCGCUCCCCCCCACUGCCACCUCGACUCCCCUCCUUCACGGAAUAUUUCAGCAUGCAGAGUGGUGGCGGAGGAGGCUUUGGGUCAAAAGCAUGAGAUCAAGAGAAAGAAAAGACUGUGAGGAAAAUGGUGAAGGUGUAGAUGGAAUGAUGAUACAAAAUGAAAAGGCAGUCAUUUGGUGAAUUCAAGAUGUUUCUGUUUAAAGACUAAAUGGUCAUCUAAACAAAAACAAAACAAAACAAACAAAAAAAGAGUUCAGAGACAGAGAUGAGAAAUCACCAGAAACUUGAAUCCUUAAAUGGUCCCUUUUCACCUGUGAAUGCAAGUGACCAGAAUGAGGAAGUGAGGGGAAAUGGCUGCAACGAGCACUAAGCUUGUAAAAGAAUAAAGAAGCAAUAAAUAUUUGAUGUUGACCAGUAGAAGGCACACAGUGAGAAAGAUGACAAAGUGGAUGUAGCCGGAGCAAUAGAUAGAUAGCUGUGCACAAAGUGGAAACAAACAAAAAUUCUUGAAACACAUUUAUUCAAAAUUUUAUGAGGCAUUGAUGAUGUGCCUGGAAGAAUAUGUAAAUAGCUAAAAAAAAAACUGUUGAGAACAUCAUUCUUUAGAUUAAUCUUAAAAAAAAAAAAAUCAUGUUUUCCAGCAUUACAUUCCAGAUGGUGCUGUGACCAUAGAAAAUUCUGCCAUUACAUUUAUCAAAUCUAAGAAAACACUUUUUUAUGUUUGACACAUUUUGAUAAACAUAAAUACUGUAUAUUAACUCUAAAUGGAGUCUGUUGGGCUGAUUUAUACUCUUGUAUUCCUUCUUUGCUGCUGGUUUUACUGGAUUAAUAUGCUGAUGUGUAACUGUAAAAUGUCACAUUUACUGUGGGCACCUCUAAGUACAGUACUCUUAAAACACGCAUGUUUGUAUUGUAUUUCCUGUCCAAAAAGCUGAUAUAUGUACUCCAUGUGACCAUCCAGUAUUCGCUUAUUGUGUGUAUUAAAAUCCAUAAUUUGUAAAUACAUACAAUAGGCUUCAGCAUAUUUUUGACUAUAGAAAUUGUUUUUUUUUUUCAGUCAAAACGGUUUUGUGCCCUUUGAAACGCAGUAAAAACCAAUUUUAAAUUGGUUCUAGUUGAAUUUUCACCAGAGUGUAGAAUAUGCCUGCUCAAAACUCAUUUCUGUGUAUGUAGACGUUGGUGAAUGUAUUGAUGCAAUACAGCACAAGCACGGGGUAACUUCCAAGUUACUCUAAUACUGCACUACACCUUUGUUAAAUUUUCUUUUUUCUCUCUACAUCUGCAAGAUAUGUAUAAUUUAUGAGCAGGAGGAUGCCUCUUUUUCCUUUUCAAUACAAGUAACUUCAUCCUCACCCCUGUCUUGUACCUGAAAUGUGAAUAUUUUAUUUGUUCAGCUUUUUGCACCUGAAUAUUUAUACUGUGCAAAAAGCUGGACAAAUAGUAAUAGUUUUGUUUCCCCUAAUAUUCAGCUAUGACAGAGGAAAAAAAAAGUCUUGUAGAUGAGCUGUGAAAACAGCAACACAACUGUACAUUUCGUCUGUCCUGCAUGGAGCACUUUAAUGUUCCUGGUCUUAGUCUGUUUAUUCGUGAUGUCACCUUAUAAGACUUCUUGAAACCUGUAUUCACACCUCAUGGACAACUAUUUCUGAUGCGUACACCUGUAUAUAAAAACUGAACCGUCUUCAAUUUUCCAUACAUUGUAAAGAAACUACUCAUGCUUAGUUUGAGAACUAGGAAAAAAAUAGGUGAAAGGCAGCAUACUGAGAAAUUCAGUGUUUUUAUCUUGGCUUAGACAAACUGUGGUACUCAGCUAAUAGCCCACAGACUUAUCAGUGGCAAUGUUGCUGUCUUGGAGUGAUGUUAGGUGAUGUUAGGAAUGUGGUGUGUAACAUGUCAGAGAUGUAACUUAGUCUGUGAAACUGAACAAUACUUGAAUUAGAGUACUUGCUGUUAUUUCUGAUUAUGUGUCUGGUUUGUAUUUGGCAUGUCUGCCAUUUUUGUCUGCUGUUGCCAUGACUUGACUGAGUAGACACUGAAUAACUCAACAGGCUUACUGACAUCGUAUCACUGCUUCAACCUUGUGUAUACUGACAUUUGAUUACUGCAAUGACACAGAGACUUGGAGAGAGAACUUGAAGCAAAGAGAUUAUGUAUGCAUGACGGAGAACAGCACAGCUUUUAGGCUACUCAGAGCGACCUGGUUAAGAGCACAUCACUAAAGCACCGUUCAGAUGCAUUUUAAUGGUGUCAAAUAAUUCUAAAUAUGCUGUAUAUAUAUACACUUUUUGCCAAAAUAAUAAAAAAUAUGGUUUUAUUAAAA